AGGGGAAGGGGCGGUGGGGCGGCUGGCGCCAUGGCCGCGUACUUGACGCACCAGCAGAAGGUGCUGCGGCUGUACAAGAAAUCCCUGCGGCACCUCGAGUCCUGGUGCAUCCACCGGGACCGGUUCGAUAAGAACAAGGAUGUGAAGGACAUGAUAAAAGCCACGGAGCUGCUAAGGGCCGGCGAGGAGGAGUUCUGGGCCAGCCAGCACCCGCAGCCCUACGUCUUCGCCGACUCCCCCGGGGGCGUUGCCUACGAGAGAUACGAAUUGUACAAGAUUCCUGAAUGGUGCUUGGAUUUCUGGCACCCUUCUGAGAAGGCAAUGUAUCCUGAUUACUUUGCCAAACGAGAGCAGUGGAAGAAGCUGCAGAGGGAAAGCUGGGAAAAAGAGAUUAAGCAGUUAAAAGAAGAAACUCCAGCUGAUGGUCCAAGAACUGAAGCUUUGCCUCCAGCUCGCAAGGAAGGGCAUCUGCCCCCCCUGUGGUGGCAUCACGUCACUCGACCUCGUGAACAGCCCAUGUGAGAGCACCGUGGUGUGAAUGGCAGAAGUCUGUGCUGCAGGCAGGUGCCACCUCAGUGACCACUUGCACCUCAAAGUAAUAUAGAACAAAGUCAAAUAAAGUAACAGAAAAGGUG